UCAACUCUCCAGCAUACUUUGCAAACUUUUCCCAGAUCUAUUGAAGUGAAGAUGGGCGAUCUUGUCUUGGGUCCUAUUGUUGAUGCCACUAUAUCCAAGGUGAUUUCAGCUGCUACUGAGCAAAUCAACCUUGCAGUCAGUUGGAAGGCAGAGCUCAGAAGACUUUGCAACAAGUUGACCAUGAUCCGUGCUGUGUUGCAAGAUGCAGACAGAAGGCAAGUUCGAGACUCAGCUGUGAAGCUUUGGCUUGAGAACCUCAGAGACGUGGCUCGUGAGGCUGAGGAUGUUUUGGACGAGGUUGUUUAUGAAAGACUGAAACAGGAGGUACAAAUUCAAAGGCAAAUGAAGAAGAAGGUCUGCGUCUUCUUUACUUUCUCCAAUCCUUUCAUAUUUCGUCUUAAGAUGGCUAAUAAGAUCAAGAAUCUUAUUGCUUCUAUAGUUGAGAUUAAUGAGGAGGCUACUCAAUUUGGACUUCAGUCCAGACAUGCUACCCAUGAACCUAGAAGCAACCCUCAAACAGCAUACUCCUCUUCUAGUUAUUGUCCUAGGGUCAUAGGAAGAGAGAAUGAUGUGUCAAAAAUAGUUGACUUGUUGAUUGAUCCAAAUAAUGAGGAGUCCCUUUCUGUUAUAUCUGUAGUGGGUAUGGGGGGUCUAGGAAAAACCACCUUAGCAAAAUCAGUGCAAAAUCAUGAGAAAAUAGUGAGGAAUUUUGGUAAAACAAUUUUCAUUUGUGUGUCUGAAGUCUUUGAUGUCAAAAAAAUCCUGAAAGAGAUGUUAGAAUCUCUCACCAAAAUGGGUUGUUCAAUUGAAAAUGAGGCUAUCGUAGUGGGAAAAAUACAAGAUGAGUUGAAAAAUGAAAACUAUCUACUCAUCUUAGAUGAUGUGUGGAAUGAGGACAGAAUGAAGUGGGAAGCCUUAAGGGGUUGUUUGUUAGAAAUAACUAAAAAUAAAGUGAGUAGAAUGGUUGUGACAACUCGAAGUGAAAAUGUAGCAUCUAUAAUGGGAGCAUUCGGAGAACACAUGUAUCAUCUUGAAGGACUAGAAGAUGAAGAGUGUUGGUCUAUAAUAAAGCAGAGAGCAUUCGGAGGUUCUUCAGUGCCUAAUCUGGAGUUGGAAGCGAUUGGAAGGCAGAUCGCUAAAAAAUGUAAAGGUGUACCCUUAGUUGCCAAUGUCAUUGGGGCUAGUCUGAGUAAUCCAAGGGAUAGAGGUGAAUGGGUGUCAGUUAAGAAUUGUUUUGAUGUAAGGAGUUUACUGGAAGAUGAUAGGCGGACAUGGACUGUUCGAGUUUUACAGUUGAGUUUUGAUCGCUUACCUAACACAACAUUGAAGCAAUGUUUUGCCCUUUGUUCCAUUUUCCCCCAGGAUUGGAAAAUUGAAAAGGAGAUGUUAAUUCAACUUUGGAUGGCUGAAGGCUUUCUUCAACCAUCACAGGGAAGUUCCAUGGAGGAUAUUGGUAACAAGUAUUUCAAUGACUUGUUGUCAUAUUGUUUGUUUCUAGAGGAAGAAAGAGAUUCAACUGGAAAGAUUAAGUCAUGCAAAAUGCAUGAUUUAAUUCAUGAUCUUGCCACUUACAAUUCAAAAUCUGAAACACUUAUUUUGAAAGCUGGUUCAGAGAGCAACAUUGCACAUGUUCGGCAUUUGAAUCUCGUUGAUGCUGGGGAAAUAGUGCCUACAAAUUUAGCAGAGGUGGCUGGAAAACUACACUCCUUAUUUCUCGGAGGUUAUAUUUUGUGUAAGAUGCCAGAUAGCUUCAAAAGGUUACGCAUCCUUAGCUUUGGUGAAGCUUAUGCUAAGCAAUUGCCAACUUGGAUUGGCAAGAUGAAGCAUUUGAGGUAUCUAGAUAUUUCAACAGUCGACAUUGAAGAACUACCCCAGUUUAUUAUGGAGUUGUAUAGUUUGCAGACACUGAGGUUCAUGUAUUGUUUUCGGAUUGUAAAACAGCCAGAAGGGGUGGAAAACUUAAUCAGCUUGAGACACAUUUAUUUCAGUGAAAAAAGUUGUAUGCCACUCAGAAUUGGUAGGCUAAAGGAUCUUCAAACGUUGCAGUUAUUUGUUGUCGGUCUACAAGAGGGAAGUCGAAUUGAGGAAUUGGGAUGCUUGAACCAACUUGAAGGUAAAUUAAAUAUAUGUGAUCUAGAGCAUGUUGAAAACUACUCAGAAGCCGAGAAAGCAAAUCUUUCGGGAAAGAUUGGACUUUAUAAGUUGAGGUUGGAUUGGACAGAAAGAAAUACAGAAGAAUGUAAUCAUGAUGAAGAUGUGUUAGCAGGCCUCAAACCUCCCCCAAAUUUGAGAAUAUUAACUAUAGACUGUUAUGGAGGUGAAAAAUGUCCAUCAUGGAUGGAGCCUAGUUUGAGUGAAUCAUUUUCGCUCAAAAAUUUGGUGAACUUGAAAAUCUUAAGAUGUAAAAAGUUGAAAAGCAUGCCAAUCAUGAUCGGGUUAUCAUCUCUUCAACGGCUUCGAAUUAGUGAUUGCCUUGAAUUAACCAGAAUCGGAGAAUACUCCUUUCCGAAGUCCCUCAAACGACUAGACAUUCGGUCAUGUCCAAGAUUGGAAACAAUCGGGGAUAGUAUUUCGACCCUCACAUGCCUAGAAGAGUUAGAACUGACUAAAUGUGGAGAUCUGAGGCUCAUUCCAACCAUGAGCGGGUUAUCAUCUCUUCAACAGCUUCGAAUUAGUGAUUGCUUUGAAUUAACCAGAAUCGGAGAUGGAGUAUUGGCCUUUCCAAAGUCCCUCAAACGACUAGGCAUUUGGUCAUGUCCAAGAUUGGAAACAAUUGGGGAUAGUAUUUCGACCCUCACAUGCCUAGAAGAGUUAAAUCUAUUUAGUUGUGGGGAUCUGAGGCUCAUUCCAAUCAUGAGCGGGUUAUCAUCUCUUCAACAGCUUCAAAUUCAAGAUUGCCUUGAAUUAACCAGAAUCGGAGAUGGAGCAUUUGCCUUUCCGGCGUCUCUCAGACAACUACGCAUUUGGUCAUGUCCAAGAUUGGAAACAAUUGGGGAAAGUAUUUCGACCCUCACAUGCCUAGAAGAGUUAGAUCUAUCUGGAUUUGAAGAUCUGAGGUCCAUUCCAAGUGUAAAUGGGCUUUCCUCUCUAAAAAAAUUACGGAUUGCCAAAUGGAGUUCAGUGGUGAGUCUACCAAAUGGACUGUCCUCCUGCACUGCUCUUAAAGAAUUGAUCAUAAGUGACUGCCAUAAUCUGAUCUCCAUCUCAGAAGACUUGAAGGCCUUGCAUUCUCUGGUUGAUUUAUGUAUUUUCAGAUGUGAAAAUUUGAGGAGUAUUCCGGAGGAGAGCUUCAGCUGUCUUGUCUGCUUGGAGAGAUUGAGUAUUGGUGGUUUCUCAAAAGAGUUGGAGGAAUUCCCAAGUCUCAAUUCCAUCCACCACCUCCACGCCUCCCUUCAAGGAUUAGGGUUGCAUGGGUGGGAAAAACUAACGUAUCUACCACCUCAAAUUCAACACCUCACUUCUCUAAGGAAAUUGAGUAUAUAUGAUUUCAAUCAAGUGGAAGCUUUGCCGGAGUGGUUGGGAAGCUUGUCAUCUCUUCAAACGCUGCGGAUUCAAGACUGCGCAAAUUUGAAAUAUCUGCCUUCUGCACAAGCCAUGCAACGCCUCUCCGAGUUGCAGAAUCUUCUAAUUAGCGGCUGUCGAGAGCUAGAAGGAAGAUGUGAAAAGGAAACUGGCCUCGAAUGGUUCAAAAUUUCUCACAUUCCAUACAUUGUAACACAUGAAGUGCAUCCAAAAACAAGGAGAUUGGGCCCUUUUUCUGAGACUUCAAAGUAACAAAAAAAGUCAAAUUUAUCAAUCCAAAGGGUUACUUAUGGCUGCUUCAAUUCUCUUAACCUACAAUGCUUGUGAAAAUUCUUUAAAAGGUAAUUUCUUAUUACUCCAACUCUUUUCCAUAAAAGAAUUCUUUUACUACCUUGUUUGUUUUGAAGAGAGGGGAAUAAAAUUCCCUAUUUGGAUAACAAAAAUUGGAAGGGAGGGAAUGGGAGGGAGGAUUUACCUUUAAUUUCCUUUAUAAUUUUAGUAUAACUUAAUGAAAAAGGGAGAAACAAGCAAGAGGGAGGGAAAUGGAAGGAUGUUAUGGCGCCUCCAUUCCCCACAAACCAAACAAGGGUAGGAAUUUCUCAUUAUUCACAAUGUAUAAUAAAUGAUUCCUAUGGUUUGGAAGAAUUGAAAAUGGGUGGUUUUCUCGAACUAUUUAUGUACGUACAUGUUGAAUCUACUGGAAGUGUUUGUCCACAAUUGAGUCUGCAUCUUUGUAUACAUAUAUAUGCAUAGGUCACUGGUUUACAGGUGCCUAAGAAAUCCUCAUCAAUCUAGUAAGGUCUUAGAACUUGUAGCAUGGUCUUUGAGUUGGGUUUUAUGAACUAGCUUCAAAAUUUUUAUCAUACAACUUGUUAAUGUAAGUAUCCAAUAGGAGUAGGGUCUUAAAUUAUUUGAAGCAAUCUAUUUAUGGCAGUAUCAGAUGCAGAGUAGCUUCUAGCUUUCAUAAAUAUAUAAUUAAGUAUAAUUUUCUCAUUCCUUAAGCAAUUGAAAUGAAUAUGAUUCUUGUCC